AAUUUUGACAUAAUAAUAAUAUUUCUAAAUUUUAGCAGGUAUUUCCAAAAGUGACCAAAAAUAAUAAUUGAACAUUAAAUAAUAUUUAUAUAUCCACAAAGCGUUAAAAAUGUAUACAGAAGUAGAUGUUUUCGUUAGUAAUUUUACUUUAAUAGAUCCAGAAAUAUACCAGCUGUGGAUUGAAGGAUGUUCCUCAAGUGAGGCUGUAACUACAUUACACCAGCGUGCUGUGAGUAAACAAACUGGAGCUACUGUUGAACUUAUUGCUAGCGAUGUUCUGGAUCAUUACAGGACCUUCGCAUUAUUAGAGAGGCUUCUGACGGUGCCGUCGAAGCUUUCUGAACAGAUGGUGUUUCAAAUCGACGAACCGACAAAACAUAUGCUCAUUGAAAAGUAUUAUGAUUUAGAUGAUGCGGUCAUAAGAGAACUUCUUGGUCGUAAACUGUCUUCACGGCACCGGAAGGAUCUUGAUGAGGUGGCGGAGCGCUCCGGGGCGCCGCUGCGCUGCUGCCGGCGACAGUUCGACAACGUCCGCCGAGUGUUCAAGGCGGUCGAGGAGAUGCCGGGGAACGUCGUGGCGAACAUACGAUCAACGUUUCUCAUAUCCGAACCUCUCGCUAAAAAAUACGGCGCGGUCGUCUUCAUAGCCUGUAUGAGAUUCGAAACGACGAAGCGCAAACUGCAAUAUCUAUCAUUUAAUGAUUUCUUUCAGUGUGCACAAGCGAUCAUGGGUAGCUGGACGUACAGCUGCACAGGUCCAGAGUAUUACGACACGGAGAUGGACCGGGAGUUCCUUCUGGAGCUACGCGAAUUGAGGAUACUUCUGGAUAAAGAGAAAGAACAUAAGCAUUUGAUAUGUAUGCGAUUAAAACCGAAAUUACUGGAGAAAUCGUAUCAGGAAUUGGAGCUUAAUUUUAGAUUAUACACGCGCGCGUUGGUCGGCCUCGCGUGUAACCUGCACAGAGGGCGUGAACUGCGGUCCUUAUUUACCGAUUUACUUGAAAGGUGCAUAGAGCCGUUGAGGAUGGGUGGCUGGCCCAAAACUGAUUUGGCUCAGUUUCUCAGCGCUUACGAGCAGUGUGCAUUACAAAUGGACGUUUUAAGGGAAGCAGACUUGAAGAGUGUCUGGGAGAGAUAUAUGCGAGUGGUCAACCAGUGUUUAUUAACUAUGUAUCAUUUGUAAAUAGGGUUAUAUACUAGCUGCUAUAUAUAUUUGUUGAUAGUUUAACAACAGCGCCAUCUAUCGGCUUACAUAGCUAGAAUUAUUAUCGUGACAAAAUAAUUAUACAGUGUGAAUAUUAGUUGGUUAAGUUGUUUAAAGUAACUCGCAAAAACACAUCAACGAUUAUAUAUUUAAAAAUUAAAGCAUAUAAUAUACU